GUCAUUGCAUAUGUUGAUCUUUGUAGGUAACGUUUGGUCCUGGUCCCAUGCUACUUGGUCGUCCUACAGUGCGAUACUGCUGUGGUCUCUUCAGCAUUCAAUGUAGAAUAUAGGGCUGUUGAAUGUCUGAAGAGCAUGUAGUGCGACAACAGGACAGAGUACUUCUAGAUCCCCCGAACUUAGUCGCAGCUAACGACGAAUUCAUUACGUAUCACAAACCGUGCAUUCCAUUUGCCUGCGGCAACUUGAAUAUGUACUACAGAAGUCAACGCAGUUUGCUACGGGCAAUUUAGUCCACCGCGCGGCGAAGCAGGACUGCGAGUCAUUGUAGGUAAUUUGACUUCAAUAUCUGGGUUUGUUCGCUUAUUACGUCUGUAUUAAAACCAUCCUGUGAAAUUCAUGAUCUUUCAGAAACGAUCUCUGGCAAUGGUUCUUUCAGCGCUACGUCUUAAACCUAAACCGAAAGCAGAACUACAGAAAAGUCGGUGUAUGGACAUCGUUCAGUGUUCUCCUAAACCACAACAACCUCCAGCAGACCCACCAGGCGCAUGCUUAGUGUCCGAAUCAGACCUUGGCGUAAAAGUGCUAUUCAGUGGAAUUACAUCGAGCCAGUGUAAAUCAGUCACAUCAUUGUAUCCGCAACCACAACGUUCAGGAUGCAGUGACCCCCCGGCUAGCUCGCCCAUGGAGUUCGAUAAAUUCCAUGAAAGGCUGCAAAUGCGACUCAGAGAAGAGAACUUUUCUGAGAAAAGGAUCCAGUGUUGCCUCGAGCAAUUGCGCCAUAAUCAAUGCGACUCGGUGCAGAUGAUGGUAACAGAGAUUCGUCAAGCCUGGGAUCAGCGAAUUAAUGCCUCGAGUCUGGUGUAUUCUAUCAGACGUUGGUGUGCCCCUUUGUUUCACUUCCAGUGGUCCCUCGAUACCCUUUCGCAAACUUGCACUCCAUUAUCUGCCGCUUGGGGUGUCUCAAGGAUAUUCUUGCAAGUACUGCACGAUCUGACCGACGUACCAGACAGUAUUGCAACGAAGUUUGAGUGCUUGCAAGACCACGUCCCCAUAUUUGAGGCCUACAAGAUUGCGUUCGAUGAAGACCCGAAUGUCGUUACACACAACGUACUUGUUAGAGUAUACGUCGAGUUCUACAUAAUAUUUCUGCAAGUAGAAAAGAUUCGUCUUCGAUCCGCAAGUAAGACACACAGCGCCGCCCCUCAUAUCUCUGAUGCUGUAGCAGAGACCAGCUGAUGAUCUAAGACAGACCCACUCAGACAGCCUGUGUGCAUACUGAAGGCCAGCAAACCAUUGAUAGACUCACUACAAUCCCUCGAGUACUACAAGAAUCUCUUGAACGACAUGGCUAUCCCUCACUUGUUAAAUGGAC